GGCCAUCGCAUCAUCCAUGACCGCGCCUCUAUCACUCCACUAGACCCGACGGGAGAUGUUUUCGGUGAUGCUGAAGCCUACAUUGAACGAGAUGACGGUGGCGGUGGCAACGGAUUAAAGUUUGCUGUUCCAGACUAUUGCCAACUCGACUCUCUAGGCGCAACCCAACUUGAUGCUGUCGACAUUUCUUCCAUUCUCCCCUAUUACCAAGUGCAUCCGGGCCGCAACAGGUUCUUUUGCCGUGGUCGCUGUCUCAUGGCGCGAAAUGUCUACGUCUUCUGGCUCUCUCUUUGCCUAAUAUUGACGGUUUCUGCCUUUUUCUUUGCUUUCGAGUGCCGUUUGCUCGCCCAGCGUCUGUCUCCCGCCAUCGCCAUUGUCGCCGUCAUCCAAUUCAUCUUUGUUCUGGCCAACUUUCUGCGUACCGCUCUCUCCGAUCCUGGAGUGCUGAGGCGAGCCACUCCGGCCGAAGCCAGUUACCUCGAGGGCAAAUUCGGUGCUUAUUACCCCUCGAUCCCUUGGACUAUCCUCUCUCCAGGCUAA